UUAUUCAAGGAAACAAGCACUGAGUGGCCAAGUGCGAACAAUAGAGCGUUCUGCGUAAUGACCCGCGUUCAUGUACGUAACAAUGCUCAGGAAUGGAUCCAUUCUAAAAAUGUUGAACAGCAAAGUUUGUACUUGAGGGGAAGGCGAGUGUCCGACCACAACAAUGUCGGAUAGCGACGAAGACCACACCGAAGGCGAGGAUAACGUUUUUCUCAACCUGGUCGCGCGUGUCAUCCGGAAACCGCUCUACCGGUUUCCAGGGCAGUGGGGUCACGAGACCUACGAGCCACGGAUCUACAGAAGUCUGGGUACCAUCCUACGGAACGCGACCUCGGAAGAAUUCGAUGCUUUUAUAAUGGACUUUAUUGAUUUUGCGCGGACGGCUCAUGCGCGCCUGGACAUGCAGUUCUACAUGGAGUUCAUUAACGUGUGCACCAAUACCAUCCUGCACUGGGUGUUUGCGCGCAGGCGCAGCGCCGACAUAGUCCGGAAGCUGAUGGAGAGGACGUCGGUGUUUCUGCAGGACCAGCCUAACAACCUGUCCAUAGCAUGGAGGUGUUUCACACCCAUCUACAGCCCCAGCCCCAUGGGCGGGGUGACCCCACUGAUGUUCGUGGCCCAGAACAGGCAGUGUGAAGUGCUGAAGGUGUUGCUGCAGUAUGGGAUGCUGGAGAAGGAGAGGAGACCCACCUACAUCAUCAUCUCUGUCCUGUUUAACCCCCCGAGACUGGAGGCGCUGGAUGAACGCUGUCACGCCACCGUCACCAGGGAACUCAGGGACUGUAUGGCUCUCUGCUUCAGGGUGCUCAGCCAUGUAUCCAUGUCUGAUAUAGAGAUGCAGAUUGUGUACGGUCGUAAGCCCCUGAUUGAAGACUGGCGAGACCACAUCCCCCCAAGUCGCUACAAGGACCCCUGUGAACUGACCCACCUCUGUCGUAUGGUGGUUCGGACCUCUCUGCUGGCCAGGGGCCGUUUACCAGACGGCAUCAAGUCGCUACCACUCCCUACACUCCUCCAAGGCUACCUCAACCUGGAGAGCUGAGUUGGCUAUGGGGCUUGGAGUUUUACCUGGUCUUGGUGAGGUCAUGUGGUCUGGGAAAAACUCCUGGCUCCGCUAUUAAAACAACCAGGAGGAUGGAGUUUCUCUGUUUGUUAAUAAAGUGGAGAUCAAAUCAAAUCAAA